AUGCUUGUGUUGGUGUUUUCAGUUAUACGCAUGGACCGUGAAGCAGUCAUUCAUUUCAUUGGUGGUGCCGUGGGAGGAACUGCAGGUACUUGUCUGACAUGCCCAUUAGAAGUUGUGAAAACUAGGAUGCAGUCUAGGCAGGGUAUCAAUCCCGUUGGACCAAGCACGAGUCAAGCUGGUGGGUUUCAGUUUUUCAAAGACAAAUGGUUUGCUCGCUAUACGUUCCUCUGA